CAUAUUCAUCUUUUUGGCCGUUUUCGGUGCUUUUUGACUGUUUGGAACAUUUUUAAACAUUACGUUAAAACGUUGUUGAUACUUACCGAAAUAUUGUUUUGUUUAACAAAUAAUAAUAUAACCACUAUAAUAAUGUCAGUAUAAUACAAAACGAACGGAACGAAGAUCAGAGCAUAUUAUAAUACAAAUGUUAUAAAAUAAAAAGCGACAACGAUAAAAAAUUAUUUGCCAUCAGUUAACUUUUUAUUUCAAACAUUCUUAUUAAAAAAUAACUAAAUGAUUUGAAUAUAAUUUACGCCAUCAAUUUUACGACAUAAAUUAUAGCAACAACAACAAAAGAAAAUAGUACAACAAAAUAAAGUUAUCUUUCAGUUGUAUGAAAAAACAAAAAGUGAUUUUUAGUUAGUUUCUCAAAAUUUAACAAACAAAAUUCACAACAAAAUUUGGAAUACAACAACUACAAACACCGCAACAACAACAACAACAACAACAAUAACAGCAACAAUUACAACCACUGCAACAACCAACCAACCGAGAACAACUUCAAAAUCAAGAAAAUAAAAAGAAAAAAUAAUACGAGCAAAGUUAAUAAUAACGAAAACUGUAACCAUAAUAAAGAGCCUAAUUGAACGAAAUAAACCGAAAAAUAAUCAAAGCCCAACAAAUAACGAAUAACACAACCAAAAGGAAACAACCAGGCAAACAAAUCAAAGCAAACAAACGAAAAUAGACACACGAAAUAGCCAAAAAAAAACCCAACAAAACCUAACAAGAAAUAGCAACAGCAGGAGAACAAGCAGCCGAAACAAACGAAAAUAGCAAUCGAAGCCACUCAAAACCAAUCGAAACAGAAUCAGAAUCACAACCAGAAAUAGCCUUAAACCCGCCUCCAAGCCAACACAACAGCAGAAUUCAAAAGAUAUAACCGAUAACUAAAUCCGAUAACAGAAUAACAAAUAGAAAAUAGAGCAACGAAACAGAAACAGGAAAAGAAAAUGCAACAGCAAAAGUGACAACUGAAAUUCAAAACCAAAAGCCAACAAAAAAAAUAAUACAAAAACGGAAAUAGCCAAAAUUUGUUAAAUUUAUUUUGUGUGUUUUUUAACGGGAAAAAGCAAAACAGCAACUAAAACAUAACGGUAAUAAAAAAAAGCCAAAAACAUUUGUCGUUAAACAAAUUGAACUCUUGCGUUACCUUAUUUACAUAUUCGCCUUAGUCCUUAAACUUUGCGUUCGUCAAAAAAGCGGUCGAGAAAAUGUUCUGAAAAAGUCUUGAAUAAAUCGAGCUGAAUAACAAACACUUUAUAAACUUUGAGAGGUGAAGCAAACGAAAUAAAGAAGAAAGCGGCGAAACCCAUUUCGCGAGUGGAGGAGAGCAGCAAACUGUAGAAACAGUUUUGUGCCAAAGUUGCGCAAUCACAAGUGUAAAUUUGUGUAUGUGUGUGUGUGGAACGCGUCAGUGCUAGGAGCUCACGUUGUACCCAGGAGAAGAUACAUAAAUCGGAUCGAAGAACAUCUCUAUACAAUAUCAAUAUAUAUCCAUAUACAAAUUAUCUAAAAUUGUUCAUAUCGUGGCAAAAGCCAAGUAUGAUAUAAAGGCAUGUAAAAUCCGUUUUCGAAAGCAUUUCGUACUUACAAGAAAUUAAUAUAACACUAGUAGUGAGAAAAUGAUAAACAAAAACCAAAUAAAAUUCCAUUCAGAUAGGAGGAACGAUCUAGGCUAAACAUCAAAUUAUAUAACUAUAACAAUAAAACACAAGUUUUUGACGAUCUUAACAGUAUAGAGGAAGAGUAAUUCCGGUAAAAGCCAACAAUCCCCACACACCCAUCCCAUAGGCAUCGUAGCAAAAGAAACCUUUCGAAGGGAAUCAGUUUUGCCUGUCAAUUUGUUGAACCAAAGGAAAAUCGCAUCAAUUAAAGCAUCUUUAAAACCAAUUGUAAGCCAACAAAGGAGAGGGUGACAUUUUAUUUAAAAGAAAAAAGCAAACGUAACGGUUUUCGGUGAGCGAAAGAGCCAACUACACGAAGAAGUUUAUAAACGUAAAUAAAUAAAUGAAACAAAUAAGAAGAAAGGAAUUUAAAAUUUAAUCAACAUGAAAAGAAACAAAUAACCAGCAGAGACCACAGUGGCGAUAAGCCCAGCACAGCUAAGAGAGCCAAGAAGCCCAUUUAUAAUGUGCAUCAAAAGUCAAUAAAAGGACACUUUGAAAUUGCUUAAAACGUCAUAAGAGUCAAAGGCCAUAACAAAUAAAAGCCCGAGAGAGCAGAAGGAGCCCUUCCUUGAACACUUACCAAUUGAACAGGGAACCAGCAGCAAUGGCCAUCAACUUUUCGGCUUCCUUUGCGGCUUGCAUAGCAGCCGGGCUAAAGGUGCCGCGCCAGAUAAUGUACUGCAUCACUCAGGACACGGGCCAGCCAUACGUGCUCUAUAAGGACUCGCAGGACGCUGAACGGAACCCCGGUGCCAUAGGUGCCACUCCCGCCCAGUGGGGCAGCGAGAUGUACCCCAACAUCCAGCAACAGGCCCAGCAGCACCUAACUGCCCAGCAGCAGCAACAGCAGCAGCAGCAGAACGCGGCGCAAGCAGCGGCCCAGGCGGCAGCUGUGGCAGCGGCAGCGGGACAGCCGCAAAGUCCGCCGGGGGGCGGACAGGAGGCCCGCGACAACGGCAGCGGUGAUGGCCGCCAGCAGCAGGUGUCGCCCUCCUCGAGUCCGUACCCUUCGGUCCAGCAGCAGCAGAGGGCAAACGGGGCAGGCGACGAGGACCCCAUGAACCACCAGCUCGCCAACCAGCAGAACCCCGCUCCCAAUCAAAACCAAAGCAGCAAUGACCCCCAGCAUUCGGGCUCCAACGCGGGCGAAUCAGGCAACCCGCAUGUCCAGCAGAACGGCGGACCGCAAAAUGACCCCGGCAACAGUUUUCGAACACCGGACUAUUAUGACCCCCGCCACGCGGCACCGCAAGGGGGGAUGCUGGCACCGCCUGGCUUCCCACCGCUUCACUAUCUUAACAAGGGCGUUUUGCCAAUGGAACAGUCUGGCGGUGGCGGCGGGGCCGGGGGUGGAGAAGCCUACGCGCUUCCCGAAAUGCUGCCGGCUCAGCAAAACGGUCAGCAGAACGCCGGUCCAGCGAACACCAAUGCCAACGAAGGCGGUGCGGGAGCCAACGGGAGCGGAGGUGUAGGCGGUGCGACGGGAGCGAGCGUGGGAGUGGGAUCGGUGGGCGUGACGAGCGGCGGAAGGACGGGCAACGGACCAGGACGCCCGCACAAGAACAAGCCACACAGCGACCUGCGGCUCUUCAAGUGCCUCACCUGCGGCAAGGACUUCAAGCAGAAGAGCACGUUGCUGCAGCACGACCGCAUCCACACGGACGCACGACCCUUCCCGUGCUCCGAGUGCGGCAAACGCUUUCGCCAGCAGUCGCACCUUACACAGCAUUUGCGCAUCCACGCCAACGAAAAGCCCUUCACCUGCCCAUACUGCUCGCGCAGUUUUCGGCAGCGCGCCAUUCUCAACCAGCACAUACGCAUCCAUUCGGGUGAGAAGCCCUUCGCCUGCCCCGAGUGCGGCAAGCACUUUCGCCAGAAAGCCAUCCUCAAUCAGCAUGUGCGCACCCACCAAGACGUCUCGCCACACCUUAUUUUCAAAAACGGGCCGCACCCGACCCUGUGGCCCUCGGAUGUACCCUUCCCUGGCGAGGACAACGACACUAAGGGCGAUAUCGCCGGCACGGGCGGCGGCUACCACGACGAGGACUCCCAGGGAACGCCGGAUGGCAGCGGUGGCAUGCACUACCCCUCUUACUUCAAGGACGGCAAGGGCCAAAAGAUACUGCCCGAGGUGCUGCAGCAUAUCGGCGUGAGACCGGCAAACAUGCCGCUCUACGUGCGGUGCCCCAUCUGCGACAAGGAGUUUAAGCAGAAGACGACGCUGUUGCAACACGGCUGCAUCCACAUCGAGUCGCGGCCGUACCCCUGCCCGGAGUGCGGAAAACGUUUCCGGCAGCAGUCGCAUCUUACGCAGCACCUGCGCAUUCACACUAACGAGAAGCCCUUUGGCUGCAUGUACUGUCCGCGAUUCUUCCGCCAGCGGACCAUCCUCAAUCAGCACUUGCGUAUCCACACCGGCGAGAAGCCGUACAAGUGUGGUCAGUGCGGCAAGGACUUCCGUCAGAAGGCCAUCCUGGACCAGCACACGCGCACCCACCAGGGCGAUCGUCCAUUCUGUUGUCCUAUGCCCAACUGUCGUCGGCGCUUUGCUACGGAGAAUGAGGUUACCAAGCACAUCGACAACCACAUGAACCCCAACACCACUAAGGUGCGCCGACAGCAACAGCAGCAGCACCAACAACAGCAACAGCAACAGCAGCAGCAGCAGCAGCAGCAACAGCAGCAGAAUAACAACGCUGUCGCCCAGGUGGCCAAUCACCUGAUGAACGACGCCAAGAGCCUGGCGGCCCAACAGUUCCUCAACAACAACAAUCCCUCGGCAGUGGACAACAAGGCCAACAUCCUUCCGGUGCGCAGUAUAGCAUCCAACGCUGCGGCAGCCGCUGUUGUCCAGCAGUCCGUAGUAAAGAACGAGCUCUAUUUUCCGCAGUGCUACGGACCACCCUUCCAGCAUCCCUUUCAGGCACAGCAGCAGCAGGCCCAACAGCCCAGCGUGGCCCACGCAAACGGAGGACCCACUCCACCCGUAACCGUAACGGUGGCCAACUCUGUGGCAUCCGGCGUGGUGGUUCAGCAGAAUGCUUCUGCCUCUGUGGUAGCCCAGUGACAUCCCACCACUGCAGCAACUGGGGCACAACAACAGCAGCCAUCGGCGCCGCAGCAGCAGCACCAUCCGCCGCCACCUCCGCCCACGUCGACCGCGCAUCACAUUGCAUCAGCGGCCGCCGCUGUCACCGCGGUCACGCCCUCAUCCGCCCACGCCUCACCAGUUGCGGCGCCACAGACUGUGACGCUCUCGAUCACGCUGCCGCCGCCACCGGCCUCCCAUACGGUCCAUCCGGGUCACCCGGGUCAUCCGGGUCAUCCGGGCGUGGCUAACGGGGCAGCGCCUCCGCCACCAACUCUAUCACACGCGAUUCCCAUUCAUCCACACAUACACUCGAUAUUCGGAUCUCUAUGAUGUCAUCAGUAGGAGAGACAGGAGCCGGAGGCAGGAAUUCAAAGUUAAUAAACACAAACUAUUCACCAUACUUCAUAGGUUCGAUUAGUUCUUUAGUAUUAGACGCAAAACAAAUUCUCCUAGUUUUUAAAACUAAUCUUAAAAUCACAAAACACAGUUUGGUAAUGGCAAACGAACGAACCGAGAGGAGCUGAACAGAACGCAAACAGGACGAGUACUAGUCUUUUUGAAAAGGACUCUAAACUUCUUUAAUAUAAACCAUGAACAUAAAAUGCAAAUGGUCAAUGUGUAAGAGAAGUAAUGAGCAGAAUGAAGGAGAGAAACGAGAGCCAAAACACAACGUUAUACGAUUUCUAUUUGUUUUAGCACCCCAACAACUUUUAAGACUAAAAAUACAUCAAAUAUUUAUACACACAAAAACACACGGACACUUUAGUACAGGCAAAUUUCGUAACCCUUAAUUUUGGAUACAAUUAAUCGAGGAUAUACCACUUAGGCGUAAUACUAGGAUAGCUCCGAUACAAUGAGUAUGAACAUGUGACGUGAUAGAUAGGGCAGCUAUUUGUGGCGAAGGCAGAAGGGGCAGAGCAAAAGGUUGAUGGCAAAGAAUAGGAUGGGGAACGCAGACGUUGGCGCUGAGUAAUUUGAUUUUUGAAGCAGCAUCAAAAUUUGAGUUAUAUAUACUUCAGAUAUGUUGAUGUAUUGGAGUUUUUGUUUAAUGCGCAUGGUUGAUCGAUUUACGCUUGGCUCAGCCAAGGGGAUUAGCCAAUGGGCCACCAAACUCUUAUUAGAAAUUUCUUUUUCAUUUCAAUUGAUAUGUGAUUUUUAAAGUGUAUAAAUGAAUACUGGAAUGCAAUUUAAUGAUACGAUAAAUCAAGUAUAAGUUAUGAAACCUUAAGUACAUUGACUUAGGAUUCAUUUGUUGUCUUCCCCAACUAAUUAUGUGUAAUUUAUGUUGAGUUUUUAUUUAGUUAUUAGGCACGCAUACGUUUAACCCAAAUAUGUCCACACUUUUGCACACACAAGGCAGACAAAAGAAAUCAGCUGGAACAUCUUGUUUAUCAAGCAGGCAAAUUCGAAUGUGACUCUUCAGGUGCCAUACACAAACAUAAACAAUAGUCAAAAGAUUAUGGAUAAUCGCGUAUCAAUCCUCCAACUUAUACUCAGUAUAAUCUACCGUAAUGAUGACCACCCGAUCCCCACCAUCUAAGUUCUUCCCCUGCCAACUGUGUGGAUAUAAUCGACAAAUUUAGUUUCUUAACAAAUUUUCCAAUGUACCGUCAAAGCAUUUAUAACUGUUAUUGAUAUUUUAGAAUAUGUUUCCUAAAAAGUAUACAUAUUUUAUGUAUAUGUAGAAAACACCGUGGAAGAUAAGAAAUUAUAUUCAGUUAGUCGUUUCACUUUAUCAAGUAUCUACUCAUUAUUUCAUAAAUUUAAUAAUUAGUCAAUUAAGUUUCUAAUGCAAUCAAAGUAAGUGCUCCGAAUACGGUUUGUUUUCACUGUUUUAAAUUUAAAGUUUAUGAAUUAUGUUUGGAUAUUUUAUUUAAAUUUUUUCAAUAAAACAAUUAUAUGAUUUAUCAGAUUUUAUUUUGCAUUAUGUUUUCAAGUAUCCUUUGAUUUUAUCCUUACCAAAGUCUGUUUCUUAUGAUUCCCCUCUCCAAAUGGGGCAACUCAGACAAUUCUGGCAUUAUACAACACUACGAAUUUUCGGCUUGGGCAGGCGUCUGGUUUUUGUGAUACGAGUGUCGCUGCAAAAGUUUCGGCAACAAUGGUUUAUUCAAAAUUGUACAUAGAAUGUUUUGGCAAAAAUUAAAUGUAACUCUACAAGCAAAAGUUUUAUUAAAAGUUUGAAUGAAUUGUUUGACAUUGUAAAAUAUUAAAUUACGCCUACGGUUACGGUAAAUUUAGUCAAAAUUUUAAAAUCACUUUUUAGGCACAUUAAAAUUGCACAUCUAAAUCAAAAUUGAGAGCGGAUCACGACGAAUAAUCCAAAAAUAUUGCAUGCUCCGUCACAGGCAACCAACAUCCAAAAAUUGAUAUGGUACCCAAUAUGGUGGCUUUUAUUGGAAUUAGACAAAAGGGACUUGAUCAGAAUGAUCUGAUCAGCAUGAUUUGCUAUAAAAACACAAAGUUUAUCAUUAAGCUCUAGCAAACCUUUAGGCCUUUUAGACAAAAUUUUAUUAAUCCUUUCGGCUUUAAAAAAUCGAAAAUGUAAAAUCGAUAAUAACAUACGACGAAAACACACAUGAACCCUUUGGCUUUAAAUCAAAAUUAUGUUUAGUUUUAGUUAAAAAAAAAACAAAUGAAAAUGUUUAUGAGAACGUUUAUAUCAAAGAAAAUUAUGGCAAAUUAUGCUAUAAUUCCAAUAAAAGCAAAAUUUAGACUGAAUGUCGCUGUGAUAAAUGCAAAUUAAAAACAAACCUAAACGUAAAACUUUUGUACAUUUUAGGCAUUAACACAAAAUUAAAAGCAUACUCCUAAUCAAAAAAAAUCAUAAAUUUAGGCGCAACAAAAUCUAGCAUAAAGACAGAGACUAAGAACAAAAUUUUAAAUGCUCCAAAAUCAUUUUGCAGAACAUACUGGGAAAUACAAAUUGUCCUACCAUGUUCUGCAAACACUUAUAGUUUUCCAAUUACCUAUUAUUUAAUAUACUUUGAAUUUUGUUUACAUUACUAGUUUGAUUAAGUAUUGUUUAUUUAAUUUGAUAGUUGCUAACCAAACUGAAUAGCAAACAUGAGUUAUAAGAAAGCUGCACAAUGUAGUACACCAGCUGCUUCAGUGGAAUUUUGCUCUUAGAAGUCUUCUAAGAAGCAUCAGUAAGUGAAGACAAGACCGUAGAUCACACCGGCCGUGACAUUGAAAACAUAGAAACUGCAUUCUAAGGUACAUAUGUACAAAUGUGCAUUUAUGAGAACGUAACAGUUGAGAUGGGGAAACAUUUGGGAUGACUCAAGCCUAGAGUGACAAAGGGGCUACGACGUGACUAACCGGAUAGACCAGACCGAAACAGAACCAUAAUAAUGUAAAACCCGGACAAACCAUCGGAGGAUAUAAAUGCUGCAGAUAAUUACUGAUAAAGAAAUAGGAAAACCAAUCAAAGUUACACGCAUACCUAACAAAAAACAAUAGCCCAAUUUAAAUAACCAAGAGUACAAAUACAAGUAAUUUUUAUAGCAGAAAUUUUAAUUGCAGUUUCAAAGAGCCAUAAUAAGUAUACAUAAGUAACGAGUAACCAUAUUGCAAACCCAAGAAACACAAUCACACAAGGUAACAGAGGCAUGAAAAAAUACAUAUUAAACUUGGCACAUCAAAAUCGACAAAGAAAAAUCAGACUUGACAAAAGUAAAAUUAUCUAGAAUCUGCGUUUCGAUACGAAAUCAUGACACCCCGAAAAUCCAAAACAAAAAACUAAAGUGAAGAACAUAAGAAAAAUCCUUUCUUCUUAAAAUUGAAAACAAAUUAUAAUACCGAUGAAUAAUAUAUGAAAAUGUCAAAAUAAUAUUUGAGAAUAUUUCAGAAGUGAUUACAUUUCCGGCUUACAUUUCCGACUCAGAAUAUACAUAGCUCAAUACCAGAGACAAGCAAUAUUAAUAGAAAAUGCCCACAACCAACAUACAAACAUCAAUGAAGCAAACUCGAAACAGAAAAUAUUAGGGAUAAAGGGCAGUGUAAUCUAAGGAAAACUCAGCCCUUCGCCCUAAGAUUUCCAGAAGCGAAUGCAUUAUAAUUGAGUACAGCCGCUUUCUGCAAUAGUGAUAAUAGUUUUUAAGUCAACCACCAAGCAUAAAAGCAACCAACAAACAAAAUAUAAAUCAAGAGAUCAGCUAACAGAAGAGAUUAUUAAAAAAUAGAUAAAUACACAUUGAAAUAGCAACGGUAAGAAUUAAAAUAAAAACUGAGUCAUUAUAAUGACGAUGAUUCUGAAUGAUAACAAUUUGAAAUGAUAAUAUUUGAUAGCACACAAAAACCCAUUCAACAUCUGUUUGAUUUGAUUUGAGAUUGUAAAGAUUGUAAACACCCAGCUUACGGAUUGAAUUCCAGUUACAGAAAUAUUUUUAGUUCAAUUACCAAAAAUUCGAAAGGGAAGCGAUUACCGAAUAAAGAAAUGGAUUGAUGUCACUCAAACUAAUGAAUAAAAUAAAACAAAUUCAAAGCAAAAGCAAAAAUAGUUUCAAAAAACGAAGAAAAUAGAGUAUAGCAUAUGUAAAACCCUAAACUCUUAAAUUAUAUGUAUGGUGUAUUAUAUUUUUUAAACUAUUUAAGGCAUACUCUCUAUAUAUAUAUACGAUAUAUCUACUUAUAUUUAACGUAACCCCUUAAAGUUUGUGACAGCAGCUAGCUGCGUAUAUAGGAGGAACUACAGACUUUUAUUGAAUUGAACGCCAGUUAAAAACUAAUACAAGAUCACAGAAAUUCAAACACAUCUUGUUUUUGGCUUAUAAGCACCCCAAAAGUGAAUUGAAAUGACGAAAUGAAAUCCAAAACAAAACAACAAUAGCCUCGUUAGUUGUUAAUUCCGCCUAUGGCGUUAUUGAUAAAAACUCUAUAUUGAAAUUAUUGCAAAUAUCUGAUCGAUCAAGGCAUAGAAACUGUACUGGGUCCAGUGUAUAUCAGAGUGUCCUAAAAGUGGUGACAAAAUUACCUUUUCUACCAUUCAAGCUGUAAGAAUCAAGAGAAGAAGACACAAUCUAAUCCUAUAGGGAAGACUUCUGAGCUUACAAUUCGAGCGAAGUUCAGUUUGAAUCUCUGCGGAACCAAAUUAUAAUUAAUCGCCUUCAAUUUUUUAGUCAAUGGCCCAAACUCAUUCUAUGCCUAUGAGUACGUUCAUUUUUUGCAAUAGACACCAUGUGCCCAUAGAACAAGUAAUUUAUUGCAGACAGAAAUCAAAUAAUUUAUUUAUAUUAUAUACGAAGUUGUUUUUGCAACAGGAACGAACCACAAGCCGAAAGAAAUAGUACCGAAAAUAUUUUACAGAAUUUUUACAAGAAACCGACAAACCAACAAGUAAAUACAGCUCUUAAAUAAAUAGAAAAUCACAAUAUCAGCAAACACAAGCAUAGAGGUACUAAAAUAAACCAAUCAGACAGCUUACAACUGAAAAAAAACAGCAAAAAAAAAAUAGUAAAAGUCGACGAAAACGCCGAAAAAACAAACUAAAAGGAGAACAUAUAGUAACAUUUACUUACAGACAUUAAAGUAUAUUCCAUUAAGUGUUAAGUAAAGUAUUCAAAUGAAAAACUCAUUUUAAAACGUGCGCUUGCCUGUGAGCGAAGCAAAGAUAUCCAAUCAUCACAAGCGAUGAUUUACGAUAAGUUCAAUAACCCGAUGGAUGGAUCAGAUCAGAUUAGAUUAGAUCAGAUUAGAUCAGAUCAGAUUCUGAUCUGAAGAACGAACCGAACACAAUUUGUUAUGUUGGAAUUACUUUUAUAUAUACGUUUGUAAUUACUAUGAACGAUUGACAGGGACUACAAUUUAAUAACUACCAUAGAAAUAAUAACUGAGCAGUGUCAAUAGAAACAAAUUUUAUUUAUGCAUAUAACAAUGUCCGCCUCGAAAGCGAGCAGGAAAGCACUUAUUAUUAAUUGUAACUCAACUGAAACUGUACAUAAGCAACCACAAACUGCAACUGCAAAUGCAAUAGUACCAACGUAAGUAAAUCAAUUAUUUCACUAAUUUCGCUAACAUAUAGCUAAUGCACCAAGAAAACGAAGAACAGAUAUGCCCGAUCACCAAAGGAACGCUGAGCCGUUCAGCUGAAUGAGAUAGGUACGAUCGAGUUUCAUGAAUUUACGCUAUGAGUUUAAUCAGCUGAAAAAAACAUAUCCCAUGCAGAACUACUGACCACUGCUACCAUAGCCGAUUACGUUUUUGUGACACAUCCAAAACAAACUUUAAUUUGUUUUUAUCAGAAAGUGAGAAUUUCAUUGCGGACUAACAGCAAACGUUUUAAUCGAAAAUCAAAGCCAUCAGCCGAAUCAAAACCAAAAUAGAAUCAAACAAAGCAAUAGUGAUAUUAUACUACCAGGAUCAGGACGAGUACCUGCCCUGGGCCAGCCAAUAGCCAAUAGCCUGAUACAAGUAAAUAACAAUAAACCGAACAAAUCUUUUCAUUUACAAGAUAUACAACAAAUGCAACGGAUACCGCAGCAGCAACCAUAGUACAAUAAAAACACUUUUUUCUUACCGACCGACUUUUAUACAACCGACAGGAGCAAAAAACCCAAUUGAGCAUUCUAAUAGCAAAGCAGCAGCGGGAUGAUCCUCAUGAGGUUGAGGAUAGAGGUGAUGAUGAGAUGGAUAGAUAGCAAGAUACAAAGCAGAUUGAACCGAAUCAAAAAUAGCGACAGAGGCGAUUUUAAGUAUACAACAAGCAUAAGGCAAGAACAAGCAAGCUAACUACCUAUAUACAUAUAUUUUUUAAAGAGGCAAAUGCAAAAACCGAGAGCAGAAGUAACAAUAGCUAAAAGUUGUUAAGCAAUUUCAUAUUUGAAUUUGUAUCAUUUUGAAUCGAUUAAAUGUAAAAACCAAGUUAUACAUAUAUAAAUAAAAACCAACGCAGUGAAAAUCAAAACAAACGAAUGAAAAACAUUUUUAUAUUACAAGAAACAAACUAGAAGAACAAAAAUCUCACUUUCCUGGUAAAAAUUGAAUUAAUUGGUACAAAAAUAAUAAAAACAGAUUGCACCAAAACAAUAAAACUGGCUUACCGAUAUCAAUAACAACACACGAUGUAUACACUUUGUUCGCGUUUUGUAUAAUCUUCAGUGUUAAUUUUUUAAUCUAAACCAAUCCUAGUUUGAUAGUUCAAUUGUUGAUUUAGUUUUACACUUACAACUACAAUAACCGGGAAACAAAAACGAAUAGGAUUUUACAUAGGAAAGAACACCCCUGGCAACUAUUUCGAAUAUUAAAAUCAUCUUCAUUUCGGCUGAAUCAAAAAUGAGGUUCGUAACAUACCACUUAUUAAUUUGCAUAAUAAUAAAUGUUUCUCUAAACUAUUCAGAAAACAUAUUCUACAUAACAAUCUAGAGAGAAAAAUAAAACGAAAUUAUUGCAAACCUUACGAAGAAAAGUUUUGGGACAAAAACUUGCUUUCAAGCGACAACCGAUGUCUUUAGAUAUCAAAAUCUGAAAAAGAAAUGGUGACUUAACCACUGGCAUUGAAUAAAAAAUACAAGAAACAUGUCUUGCGCAAAUUAUAAAUGCAUUGAUGUAUACCUUCUCGGCGAUAUUCCAAAUAAAAUUCUCGGAACAACACUAAUCUCGGUCAUUGCAAAAUUGAUUGCAUAAAACAAUGUAUACUCAAGUCUUGGCAACUAUUUAAAAAAAAAUUCACGUUUAAUUCCAUUUUUCGGAGCAACCAAAAACAAAAAUUAAAUUUAAGCCAAUGUAUAAGCAUCAUUUUUUACAUAAAAAUUAGGUAAUACUACAAGUAAAUACUCUAGGACUUAAAAAUAAGCAAAAAUUAAAUGAAAGAAAAGAGGACAUCCAAAAAGCGAUAAGCAACUUUGAGUAUGAACGAAACGUAAAAGGUUAGAUGAAAAGCGAAUAGUGAAUAAACAAAAUUCACCGUCAUGAAAAUAAAAACUACUAAAUCCAAAAAAAAGGUCAAAUUCAAAAUUAUAAUUGUUAUAAGCAAAUAAAAACACACUAUAUAUCCAGACAAUUCAUUACACCAGCCAAACUAUAAGUAAUCCCUUAGAUUACGCAUACCAAAAAGAAACACCAUGGGACACGCAACUACCACCAAAUCACACACCAACAUUCUCCACCACACACACACUCAGACCCACACAACUUCCAUUGGUUUAGAUUUUAAGCAUCAUUUUAAACUUAAUCGUCAGCCAAAAAAAAAAAAAAAAACAGAAAAAUACAAAAAGAAUCCUAUCAUGGCAGUCCAAAAUUAAUCGAACUCACAAAAGAAUAAAUAAGAUUUUAAGGCAAGCAAAUAUUACCGCGUCAAAAAUUAAUAUUUAAGCAAGUAAACUUAUGCAAAAUCUUGCGUCGUCUAGUUUAAUGUCGUAAAAUUUUACUUUUUGUAACAAUUAAUUAACAUUUAAAUAUAUAUUCUGUACCAAGCAAAAGAAAUGGUAAACGCAAAAGUAUUGUAAACAUCUAUUGAAUUACUAAUUUCGAAAAGAAAGAAGAAACCAAUUUUUCAAUAGCUCACCAAAUAUGAAAAUGGAAAAACCAAUGCUACGGCGAGUGCAACAAAAAAAAAAUCAAAGAAUUUCUGGCAUCCAAAAUAUAGAACUACUAAAAUACGAACCCAUAUUAUUAUACAAGAAAAUGAUUUGAAAUAAAUUGAGUCUUGUAAUAUAGAGG